AUGGCUGCGCCAGAUGAGCACCGUCUUGUUCACAGUCAUGCGCGCGAAGCAGAGAUCCCAGGGACGGUGGACCUCAAGGUGACCGAGGGCGACGAUACCGGCUACGGCCAAGCGCUCUUCCCAGUUCCCGCCGAAGAUCCAAACGACCCCCUUCAUUGGUCCAACUUCAAAAAGACGGUGAUACUCAUCAUCUGCUCCUUCUACUCCUUCCUCGCCAACGCGGCCCUCGUCGGGCCGUCCCCGUACAUCGAUAUAUGGGCUGCCGAGUUCGCGAUCACGCCGACCGUCGCUUCAGCGCUUAUAUCGUACCCAAAUCUGGCCUUUGGCUUCGGGUCUCUUGUUUUCGUGCCGUUGUAUCUGAAGAUCGGUCGACGGCCGGUGAUGCUGUUGUCCCUAGUCACGUUCUGCGCAGGACUGAUAGGGGCGUCCCGAUGCACCACGUAUGAUGGACUUAUGGCUGCGCGCGUCAUACACGGUUUCGGUUCAUGCAAAAGCUUGUUCGGAUUCGAGGACGACAUGUUGACCCAUACGCUUGAAGCUCUUCCUGUUCAGUUGGUCAAUGACAUCUUCUUUCUCCACGAACGUGGUGAACGUAUUGGGUAUUACACAGUCUGUCUCUGUCUCGGCACCUUUGCCGCUCUGCCUGCGGGCUACAUGCUGUCGGGGGGGGGGUACAGUUGGAGACUGUUUUUCUACGUCGAGUUUGCCUUCGGCAUGGCGCUGCUGGUACUAGCCUUCUUUUUCGUCGAGGAGACGUCGUAUGACCGGAACUCUGCAACCGUUACUUCCUCGCCACCGAACGAGAGCGAGAAAGUUGGCACAGAGGAGGUUGAACAGGGCACCUUGUCAUCAUCUACCGUGACCACCCCGCCUCGAAAGACAUUCGCCCAGACACUCAGCCUCUGGGGGAGAAUAGACCCCGACGUACCGGUCUUCACCAUGGCUGUCAGGUCCUUCACCUACUUUCUCGUACCCCAGUCGCUCUGGGUGAUUGCCUCUUUCGGAAUCAACAUUGGUCUAUUGGCGCUCGCUUACUCCUACACCUUUCCUAUCCUGAUCGUGUCGCCACCCUACAACUGGUCUGUAACCAAUUCAGGACUCUUCGCUAUCGCCGCUCUAGUAGGCUACGGGCUGGCUGUUCCGUUCACAUCGUCCUCCGACCGCCUUGCUGCCUAUCUCACCAAGCGCAACAACGGGAUCCGAGAGGCCGAGAUGCGCCUCGGCGUGAUGCUGCCUGCAAUGUUGAUAGGGCCGGCAGGCAUCGUGCUCUACGGUCUGGCCGCCGAAAGGGGCCUGCACUGGGUUUGCUUCUUCAUCGGGGGCGCCAUGUCGUACUGGGCUGCUUACUUCUACUUCUCCUUCACCCUUGCAUAUGCCGUCGACUCAUACCACGCGAACACGUCCGAAAUGCUGAUCGCGAUGAACCUGGGGAAGCAGGCAAUCAGUUUUGGCUUCGGCUUGGAGGUCCUGACAUGGGUGAAGGAAAGCGGCUACGCGGUCGUCAUGUCUGGCAUAUUUGGGGGCGUGUUGCUGGCAAACAACCUGGCCUUGCUUGUCUUCAUGCUGUGGGGGAAGAAGAUUCACCAGUUCAUGACGGAGACUUGGCUGGCGAGGUUGCAUUCUAGGAGCGUCAGGGAAUUUGUCAACCAUUGA